AUGAAAAUUACAUCAAAAAACCUUCUCUACAACUCUACAUUACCACCAUUCCUCGCUCGCCUUCAAGCCGAAAGCUCUUCCAACGAUUCUCAACGACAUGUAGGAAUACGAGGUAGAAAAGUACAAAAUGCGGAUGAGAUAGAUGAAAAUGAGCCAGUUUACUUUGAUGAAGAAACAAAGUGCUCCUUAACUAAAACGGAAUGGGAAGCCAAGCAGGUAGAAUCCAAGGCCGAAGAAGAGGAAUUACGAGAUCCCAGCCAACUUGAGGAGGACUCAGAGCUCAAGCUCAAUGCUGCAACAGGAAAAAUCAAUGGAGUUGCUAUAGGUAUUUCGAAGAAGAGAAAAACUGGCAAAAUUAUCUGCGGCGAUCAAAGUGAUUGUGUAAAGAAAGAUCUAAAUACAUCGAAAUCUCCGCGAAAUUAUCUUGGUUCUCACCAAGAAAGAGGAGUUAGCGACAAUGUACCAAAAAAGGGUAAGAAUUGCAAACGAAUGAAGUUGAGCUUUGAUGAUUGA